AUGUUCCGCAGAAAGAGGAGCUCCUCGCAACAUCAGCAUUCUCUCUCUGCAUCCUCCUCUCAGUCCGCGCAAUCCGCUGCCAGCCAUGCCUUUCUCAAAUCCCAACCCUCCUCUAGUAGCCUCUCCUCCGCCGCCGCCGCGGCCGCCCUGCGCAGUCUCACGCCCACGCCGACCCCCAUCGAAAAUGUUCAGACUAAGCGAAUGAUGCAACGGAGGACUUCCGUAUCCUCGCAGCGAAGUGGUACGCCUAGUCUGCGACCCAUCAGCGGGAAUGGACUCCGUCGCUCGAGCAGUUCCGCCUCCAUGACGCAUCGCACAUUUCGAGAUCAGUCCCCGCGGCGACCGGCAUCGAGUGCUGGACAUGUCGACCCCGCACCGCCGCUCCCGUCCAUCCCUCGCCAAUACACCGGGCGAAAUGACCAGGCACGUCGAUCUGUGAGCAUGGGCCCAUCGCUGCCACAAAGUCCGCGCGGGAAACCGUUAGCAGAUCGGGGAACGAGCGGGGAUCGCACCGCUGCCACUCAGCCGCCCGCACGAGCGCCCGCACGAGCGCCCGCCUCGACGCCGUCACCCGAAUUGCGACGACCCGCGAGUCGAAAUUCGAUCAAUUUCUCAUACCCCAUGGGCUCCCGCCCGACAUCUCCGACGGGCUCGAUAGGAAAGGAUGCGUCGGCGAGCACUUCUCUGGCUAAUCAGCUUUCUGCCGCGGAGUCGCCCAAGAAUCCAACAAGGAGCCCCCGAGCUACACGGACGGCCAAGACACGCGGGGUCUCCCCCGGCAGCCCCGGUCAACGUCCACCGUCUUCGGGAACUGCGGUGGCUGCCGCACAGGCUGCCAUUGUCCCCCGAAGUCAAGAAGCAAGUCCUGUGGCCGCCUCUCCGCGGAGACCUUCUUCGCAGGAUCGCAGUGUUCCAGACCCAGCGCCGACCCAGCAGCUCUUGGCGCCUGAGAAUCGACAUCUUACUCGUCCUGCCUUGGUGAAGCGUCCAUCAACAGUACCGGAGGAUGCUCAGGGGGAGGAACAGGCAGAAACGACUGCUCCUGUGCAGCGAGCAGAGCCUCCUCGUGGAGGUACUGUGACGCCAGAGAGCCCACAGACCAUCAAACCGCAAUUUACUCCGGAUCAAGUCAAGGACCAGUUGCUAAGUCCACCCGUCAGUCCGCCAAGCUCGCAGCCUUCGGUCGAACCAAGUACCGAGCCGCAACUGUCACACACGCAUCAGUCCAGCAGUCCCGGUCGCUCCGCUCACUUUUCACGACAUCUGUUGGUGGCGAACAUUCCGAGCGAUCAUCUACACCAACCCCCGCCAAGGUCCGUAUCGCCGGCUAAAUCUGCAAUGAAGCACCCGCGGAAAGAUUCGCUCGCUCCUGAUUCUCAUACAGAAUCGGUUCUGAGACUAGGCCCUGCGCUCAGUGAGUUGUCGGAUGGCACCUCCGUAGCCUCUGAUGAUGGGUCCAAGCAAGGGGUAAAGAGGAGGCCUGCCAAAGUCAGCUUCGACGAUGAGGCUGAGAUCGUGGGUACCGCAGCGAGCCCGCCAACAUCCCCUGACGAAGUUCUACCGGAGUCCCCGCAGUCUAAGCCCAAGAGUAAGGGUGGGUGGUUUUCCAAGCGGAGACAUAAUCUACGGAGCGGGACGCCUGACGAUUUCGAGCAUGUUUUGAAACCACGGCUAGCUCUGCCCUCGUUUGGCAGCAUUCGGGGCAACAGGACGGGAGGACAGCCGGAGGUACAACAUCGCGAAAUGAGCGACAACGAAUCCACUACGUCAUCCGACUCUCCGAUAGAUACCUUGAGAUAUUCGUUCUCUAAUGACCAGGCUGUCGGGGGUAUUCUCGCCAAUUCUCGAACUGAGGUGCCGCAGGAGAGCGUCGCUUCUGUACGCCCUACGAGUCCUCCUCACAACAAGUUGGAGGAAACAGGCACGUUGGACGCAACUCAGCCAAAUGAAAUGGUGGACCAGGCAGAUACAACACCCGACCAGCCGGCGGAGGUCAAACCCCCGGCCGUUGCAGCCGAACCGCAAACCCCCAAGCAAACUUUGACAGUUCCUGACAUUACAGUUCAACCAGCGUCACCCGAACUCGACAAAGAGCGCUCGAGUUUGGAAUGGUACGAAGUUCCGGGAGGCUUCCCACGUUCCUCACUGGAAUCGAAUCUUCCGCAGAUGAAGUCGAAGAAGUCAAUCACAUGGGAGGACACUGUAACGGACGUCAUGGUUGAUUCCACGGCAGAGCACGAGACGGACGACGAAUCCGGUGAGAGUGUCUACAGUGAUGCAGAAGAGGGCGUUAAUGGCAAUGGCUUCGGCUCUAUUGAUGCCGUUGUUGAUGAUCGCACGUCGCCCAACUUGUCCAAAGAACCAGCAGCAGAGCUUGAUCGUCCCGAUAAGGACCAGCAUAAUCCGGAUGAGUGGUCGGACUUAGAGUACCCACAGACAUGCCAGAUUGCUCGCGCGGGCUCCCCUGCACAAGCUGCUGCUCUCAGUCCCGUCCCAGAGUCCCCCGGGUCAGUAAAUCAAGCGCUCCCGUUCUCGUCACCUUACCCUCCCUUCACAGCGCAAUCGCAGUCCCAAAGCAAGAAAGACUCCGCUCAGACCGAUCUCACGCGGCCGGCUUCUCUCAAUGUCAAGUCUGCCAGACAUUCCAUCUUAGUCAAUGGAGCAGGUAACACCGCUCCUCGUGCAGCGCCGCUGCGGGAUUCGAUCGCUCCCCAACCGAGUGCAUCGCAGCCGGAGCAGACAGCUACCCAAGGCCGGGCGAGACCUAUGUCAUGGAGUCCCGCUGCCAUGCAGAAUGGAGUCAAUGGCAAGAAUCGUGCGUCGCAAGUCAAUGCCAAAGCACCGACUCCGCGGAGAACACUCUCUAGCGGUAGCGACUCGUCGAGCAGCUUUAAACGAGCCAGCCGUCCAUCUCGGGCAGAUUCGAACCACACCAUGCGACUCACCAUGCGCGGCAGCCCACCCGUCCGACAGGCUCCAGCCAGGACAAUGGCCCCACCCGCUGAGUCGCGCCCCCGUUCACCUCAGUCGGGCGGCAACAUGCGAACUACCCUUCGGAUGAAUGGAAACAGGCGCGAGAAAGGCUCUUUCUUUUCCAAUAAGUCGCCGAAGGGUAAGGUAUCCAAGGUCCCAGGUAGUCGAUUCACCUCACGCUUCCCUGAUUCAGAUGAUGACGAGGGCUUCGACAAUUGGAGAUCGCGGUACCGGUAUGAAGACUCUAGUGAUGAUGAGAGGGGACCAGCUCCGUUACCCCCAGUCCGGGGGAUCCCUCGUCGGCAGGGAGCCCACGACGGGGACUCUACGGAACUAGAAGAUAGCUCCGACGAGGAGCGACAACUGGCCGCUUCUCGACCGCGGCCUGCUGUGUCUUCUCCCCGCCAGACAGGCCCAACGCGAGAUCCGGCCUUGGCGGCAGUGGCUAAAAAUCGUGGUAUGACAGAUGAGGAAAUGGACGAGUUUCUCCAGCCCAAUCGCGGGCGCAAGGCAGGACUAUUGCAGCGCUUCAGCAUCCGCAAGUCCAAGUCGCCGGUCAAUCGCCGGUCAUACACGAACGGCUCUGCUCGUCCGGAGCGCUCGCGAGCCGACGGCGAGCAGGAUCCCCCACUGCCCGGAGCUCAAUCCAACUUCGUCACCACAAUCACGGCGACCAAACCCGCGCCGCCCACCUCCUCCAAGCUCGUGCGGCGCGCAUCACAGCGAUCCUCGCGCAGCGACGGCUGGCCAUUGCGGACCGACCGUAAGGACUCCGGAACCGCACCCGCAGCUACCAGCAACGGCGCCGACGAGCGCCUAGCCAGAGUCGACGAGGAUGCCCACACCAACGACCCGAGCACGACUCCCGCGACGGCACCUAUCUCCCAAGAGAACCAGGACCCCUCGUCCACAGCGUCAGGAGCCAAAAACGAUGGUAGCAAUACCGCCGCAGACGUGAUCAUUGCCCCCUCCGGACGCAAGAAGCGAUUCCCGCGACUACGCAAGGCUUUCGGGCUGCGUGAUUAA